GACAACGCUUUGUAUAAACAAGAUGGCGUCGUUUUAAAUUUGUUUACAUUUCAACAUUUAUUAUUUAUUAGGCCUAUUAUUUAAUUUUCUAGUAGGUUCUGUUCAAAAGUUAAGACUAUGUCUGUAGCUGUAAAGCAUGACAAAAACCUUGCCAAACAUAGGCCAUUAUGGAAUAUAAAAGGAACUCAAGAUAUCAGAAACAAAAUUCCAGAGCAAAUAGAGGCUCCCACCAUAAAUUAUGACUGGCUGACUAAACUGUGUGAUAUAGAUGGCUUGAAGUCAAGAGACAAAGCUGAGUCAACUAAAGAAGCUCAUGAGAUAUUCAUGCAAAAUUACAAACAUAUGUUUGUACAAAAACCAAAGAGAACAGGAUAUCACAUCCCAAAAGCUAUUGAGAAUGAGACUCAAUCUGGAUCAUUAUCAAAUCUAAGUAAUCUUGCUGUGAGAAGCAGUUCAAGUGAGAUACUGGAUAGAAAGCUGCCAGCUGAAGACGUGUACACACACAACAUCAAGGACUACCUACCUCUUGUUCACAAAGUGAAGAAAACAGAAAACACAAAAGCUGUUCAGGAAGAAAAUAUCAGAACAUUACGUCAGCUCUUAAAGAAAUACCCUUUUGAAAGAAAUGCUGCUGAAAAUGAGAAAAUCUACUCUAUAUUGAAAACAUUUGACUUUUUCAAAGAGAAUGUUGAGGCUCCAGUGUUGAAAGAGUUGUCAGUGCUGGCUCAGCUGGAAACAUGGAAUGAAGAAAAUUUUGCAGUGUAUGGUAAAACAGGAAUUCACAUGAUUCUGAAAGGAUCAGUUUUGGCCCAGUUUACACCAUAUCUGAUUGCUGACAGUGAAGGUUUUGGCAGCCCUCAUUUUCAAUCUACUGUUAACUCUACUACAAAGCCUAAAAAGCUUUCAGUUGGUGACUUCUUUGGUACUUGGUUAUCUUUAGAUGAUGCUUACAUACCAGAACUGAGUGUGGUUACAGCUGAAUGUAAUUGUGAGUUCCUUAAGAUUACUACUAAUGAUUACAAGCGUGUCAAAGAGCAAAUUCAACAGCGUGAGCAUAAGGAGAAGAUGAACUUGCUACUCUCUUGUGAGCAGUACAUGAAGUGGCCCAAACAACCUUUGACCUCAUUAGCUGAGACCAUUGAAUGGAUGACCUACCCUCCCAACACUGUUCUGAUGAGUGAGGGCUAUAAAUCUCCAUUUAUUGGCUUCAUCUUGAGUGGGGAGUGUCAUGUAUUGAGGCAGAUUGAAGUUCUACACACAUUCAAAAAUGGAAAGAAGGAAAAACGCACCAAACAGGUAGUAAUGGGAAAGUUGGGUCCCUACAAUUCAUUUGCUGAAAUAAGUUUACUUUUAGAUGAGCCAAUCACGUGUUCAAUUGUAACAGCAACUAAACUACAACUAGGUGUUAUAAGACCAGAAAAAUUAAAUAAGCUGGAUGAAGUAACAAAACAGUUGUUGAGACAGUCCAAUAAAAAAACAUAUGGAGACCUCACCAAGGAGGAUAUCCAGAAUGAGUAUCUGGAGCAGGAGUUAAAGAGAGAAUGGAACGAGUUCAAGCACGCACAAGUUCUUGAUGUAAUAAACACACGAGGGAUUCGGCCAGGCUUUGGGAAGUGGGCCAAGUGAUCAACUGUUUUAUACUGGCUAGGCUUUUUGUAUUGGUUGGAAUGAUACAAGUUUUCAAUGUGAUCCCAGAGUAAUGUAAACAAUUUCUAGCCUAAGGUCAAUGUUACAAAAAUAACAGUGUGUUGUAUUGACUGUGUUGUAAGGAUCUGUAAAUAAAACCAAAAUAUUAUUGUCAACAUUA